AAGUUAUCUCAUUCCUUCAGAGGUGCAAAAACUUGAGAUGUCUCUCAAAUUCUUCAAACCCCUUUUUGAUUCUUUCCCAUGGCCCCUUCAACAACUCAAUGUUGAGCAACAGGCUAUGUUUUUCGUCUGUUUUCUUGGUUUUUUAGCUUUACUUUGGUUUUUCAUCAGUAACUCGAACAAAGGUCUGCCACCAGGGCCUAAAGCUUUGCCCUUGAUAGGUAAUCUCCAUUCUCUUGAUCCUGAACUUCACACCUAUUUUGCAUCUCUGUCCCAAAUUUAUGGCCCCAUUUGUAGAAUCUGGCUUGGUCAAAAACUUGGGAUUAUUAUUACUUCACCAGAAUUAGCUCGCGACGUUCUAAAGGAUAAAGAUAUUAUUUUUGCUAACAGAGACGUGCCUGCUGCUGCAGUAGAAAUUUCAUAUGGUUGCAAUGACAUACUUUGGAAUUCUUAUGGACCACAAUGGCGAAUGAUGAGAAAGCUUUGUGUUCGCGAUAUGCUUAGUUGUUCUACUUUAGAUUCUGUUUGUGCACUAAGGCGAAGGGAGCUUAGACAAUCGAUGAAUUACUUCUAUAGUAAGAAGGGUUUACCAGUGAACGUUGGUGAGCAGAUGUUCUUGACUGUGUUUAAUGUGAUUACAAGCAUGUUAUGGGGUAGCACAGUGAAGGGUGAGGAAAGAGCUAAUCUUGGGGCAGAGUUUAGGUAUGUUGUGAGUGAGAUGGCUGCGCUGUGCAGUAUUCCCAAUCUUUCCGAUUUCUACCCAGGUUUGGCCUGGUUUGAUUUCCAGGGUGUUACAAAGAAGAUGAAGCUGCUGUUAAAGAGAUUUGAGAAGAUAUUUGAUAGCAUGAUUGAUGAAAGAAAAAAAUUGGAUAGAAAUGGUGUUGGCCAAGAAAUCAAAGACUUUUUGCAAGUUUUGCUGAAGUUGAAAGAUGAAGCAGAUCCCAAAAUGCCUAUGACCAUGACUGAAAUCAAAGCCUUACUUAUGGAUAUGAUUGUUGGUGGAACUGAUAGUACCUCCAACGCGAUUGAGUUUGCGAUGGCUGAAAUUAUGAUUAAACCAGACAUCCUGAGGAAAUUACAAGAAGAAAUAGAAACAGUUGUGGGAAAGGAUAAUAUUGUGGAAGAGUCUCAUAUUAAGCAAUUACCAUAUCUCUAUGCAGUUUUUAAAGAAGUAUUGCGUUUACAUCCACCUGCUCCACUAUUGGCACCACAUUCUCCUAGUGAAACAUGUACUGUGGGAGGAUACACUGUUCCUAAAGGAUGUUCUAUUUUCAUAAACGUAUGGGCUAUACAGAGAGAUCCUUCUAUAUGGAAAAAUCCAACUGAGUUCCGUCCAGAGAGAUUUUUGGACGAUAAAUGCGAUUGUAGUGGAAAUGAUUUCAACUAUCUCCCAUUUGGUUCUGGAAGAAGACUGUGCGCGGGGAUAGGCAUGGCAGAGAGGAUGUUCAUGUAUUCACUUGCUUCGCUCAUUCAUUCUUUCGACUGGAAAUUGCCAGAAGGAGAGACGUUAGACCUCACAGAGAAGUUUGGGAUUGUUCUGAAGAAGAAAAUGCCUCUGGUGGCUAUACCUACUCCAAGAUUGUCUGAUCCAAUACUCUAUGAGUAAGAUGUAUUAGAAAUGUUUGGAUUAGUGAUACUAGACUUAGCUAUGCUAAGAUUAUUAUCAUCUAAGAUUAUUAUCAUCUAUUGUUUGGUUUGAUGUAUUAAGAAUAAUUAUGUUUUUAACCUACUUAUUCAUGUAUUAAUAGCACUUGUAUUGCUAAUACCAGACUAUGUAUUAGUUAUUCGCUCUACUAAUCAGGUUGCACAAAAUGAAUAUCCUACCAAAUAAAGUACUCCCUCCGUUUUACUA